AAAAAAGUUAAAAAAAAAAAAAAGAACAGAACAAAAACAGAAACAACCCCCUACACUCUUAGCUCGCAGCACUUUCUCCGCUCCCAUCUCUCUUUCUUCAACCACGCUGCCAUUCUUUCAAUUUAUAUUCGUACAAAUACGGAAAUGCAUACGUGUAAAUAUACGUAUGCAAAUAGGAUUUCCAUUUCUUAAUAAUGCAAAGGAAUAAAUCUAGUAAACCCCUUCCACAAAACCAAUGUACGGAGGCUCCUUGAAGCUCGGCAGCGGGCGAGGUGGCGGCCAUCGGGUGGAGGCCCCUGGAACCGCUCUUCAUUCCCUCCGCCACCGCCACACCGCCCUUCUUCCGCCGCCCCAAUUAGCCGGCUUUCCCUUGGCUCCGCCUCUAGCUACCGCCCCGAUAUUGGGGGCGGUUCAGGACCCGCACCGUCUGUCGAAGAGAGCUUUUCGCUUGUUUCUGGGAACAAUCCAUUGGCUUUCACUAUGAUCAUAAGGUUGGCCAGGAUUAAAUUUGAUUCAAUUCCGCCUAACCCUAGUGGGAAUGUCAUUGAUGUUGGUGGCAAGGAGUUUAGAUUUACUUGGUCAUGGGAAUUUAGUGAUCUGUGUGAUAUAUAUAAAGAAUGUCAAAGUGGUGAAGAUGGAAAUGGUUUACUUGUUGAAUCUGGGUGUGCAUGGCGCAAGCUGAAUGUUCAAUGCAUCUUGAAUGAGUUAACCAUGAACCAUGUUAAGAUGCAGUCAGAGGAAGCUGAAUGCAAGCAUAAAUCACACAAAACCAUUGAACUAGACCAUGGUAACCCUUCUAUGAAGAAUCAAAUCAAGAAUUUUGCUGCUGCUGAGGCUAGUCCAUGGAAGUCCCACCUUAAAAAGAAGGAGCUUGCUUUUAAGAAGCAGAAAGUUGAGACACCUCAAGCUGCAGUUGGAGGCCCUCCAAAUUUUGGCUAUAAAUCUGGAUUAAUUUCAACAGCUAGUGCAAAAGGAAGACGCUCAUCUUCGCCUUUGCCAUCCCAACCUGAGCUCUCUGGUGCUGCAGCAUCUCUUAUUGGAAUUGGAAAUAUCACCAAGAGUCAUGCAAGCAUUAAGGAUGUUAUGCCUCCCCAGGUGAAUAGCAAAGAAAAUAUUUCCAGCUCUGAGAAAGGAAUACCAACCAUGGCAACUAGUGCAGUGUGUGAGAUGCCAGGGCAUAGAGGAAACUUUGGACAUAAGCCAAUGAACUUGCAGAGUCUGCUGAUCAGUCAGUCUACCGAAGGAGAAUGCCAAGGGGAUGAGGUUAAAGUCUCUCUCUUUCUGGAGUUGCUACAAGCCUUGGAGAAAGUUGUUGGGAUACAAUUCCAAACUUUGCACGAAUGAUCAAGCCCAUUGUAAAAAGAAUUGCAACUUACCAAGCUCCAAGAAGAUUUUUCUUGAGACUCAAGAGUGGAUUGGAAAGCUUGAAGAAAUCUUUUUCUGAAAAUGGAAGGUAUGAAGAAUAUAAGAAUGAGUUUCAUGAAAAAUAUGAAUCUUACAACGACUAGGACAAGACCCUACAGACCUAUAGGUAUUAUUCACAAUUACUUUGCUCAUGUAUGAGGUGUUACUACACUUUGUAUUUGUGUUUUGACUUCUUUGAUGAACUUCUAUUUGGGAUAACCUCUUACUUAUAGGAAUGACUUUGAAAUGCUUUGUAAGGACAUCGAAUAUUCAAAGGAUAGGGACAAGGAGAAAUAUUAUAAGACCUUGGAGCAAUUGCUGGAGUCUUAUCACCAGUGUGGAAUGUAAGAUGAUAAACAACCGAGAAACAAGCAGUCUUUUCUUAUUUUAAGGGGGAUGUUCAGAUGAUGAGAACAACAGAGUGAUGGAUAAGAUCAUUUACUACCAGAGCCAAAUUACUUCAUCAUGUGAUUGAUUAGAAGAAGUUUGCAUGUAAUGAUAUUUGGAUAACAAACAGAAAGUAAUGUGGUGGCAGCACAAAUGAACCCCAGGUCUCCAAUAGUAUCCGGUGCUUUGAUCUUGUCUGAAAAUUUCUAUGUGGGGUUGAAAAUUUUGUAUCUGUUAUAUGCCUUAUUGCCUGGCUUCAGAAAUGUUCCCAGUGUUUACUUCUUAAUGAAGUGAAUCCAUCUUCUUUUACUUUUAAAAUUGAAAAUUUUCCUUUAGGAUUUAAGUCCUGACUUAAGUACCGUUUUAAUAUACAGGGACAUAGAAGACUGAAGAAAAUAUUUGUUAUGCUCCAUAAUGAGCUGAAGAUUUGAUCCUUUCUUUCAUGCCUAAGGUGCAAUCGGCGAAACCUAUUUCUCCAUUGCGGUGCAGGACAGCCAUUAUUGCAACAGUGAUGUGU